AUGGGCAAGGCAAAGGACUUGGCCGAGAAGCCCGCCUAUCUCAGCUCCGCUGCCGCGAAGUAUGCUCUCGGUGUCCAUCGCGGUCCUUUUGCGCCCAAAGAGUCUCUCGAUGGCAACGAUCUUGAGCAUAUCGAGACUGCGGACACCAUCACGCUUGAGAACAUCAAGCGCACGCCCACUCAGAAUCUGCGGCGGCACUGGUUCCGGUUCUGGUGCUGUUAUGUCUUUUGGUCGAUUAUCUUCCUCGCCAUUUUCCUCCCUAUUUUCUUCCUAAUCUGUAUCCCCGCCAUCUCUCAAAAUGUCCUCAACCGCUCGACCCUCCUCCUCGUCGAAGCAGCCAUCCUCGAGCCUCGUCCCGACAGCCUCGUUCUCAGCAUGACCUCCGCCCUCAAUCUCCCGGUCUCUCUUCCCGUGCGCAUCGACCCCAUGACCCUCGAAUUGUUUAACCGCGAACAACCCAUGAACAACACCUGGUCCAAGGUAUAUCUGGGCCCGUACCUGAUCAAGGGCAACACCACGUUGGGUGUCACGAACCAGCCCACGCCAAUUGACCCAGAGCAAUGGUAUAAUUAUGUAUGGAAGUUCGUGCACUUGCACCACCCGCCUCUGUCUGUGCGCGGGAAGACGACAUCGUAUCUGGGAGAGUUGGUUAGUAAGGUUACGAUGGAUAAAGACAUUCCGCAGACGACGUUGAAUAACUUCACCGGAUUUUCUAUUGAUGACAGCACACUCAUCGAGGCCCGCGAAGAUGGCACCAAUCUCCUCGCCAACGCCACCCUUCCCAAUCCCUCAGUCGUUACCUUGGAAAUCGGCAACACAACACUGAACCUCUUUAGCGGCGAUCUGCUCCUUGGUAAUGCCACUCUCCCCAACCUCUUCCUCCGCCCCGGAAACCACGCCACCCCCGUCGAAGGCAUCCUCGACAUCAAGAAACUCUUCAACAAAGACAACCUGAGCCAAAUCGUCAAAGACCAAGCCGAGUCCCUCAAGAAAGGCAAUCUGAAGCUUAAAACCAUAGGCACCAAUGUCAUGUGGAAUGGCGUCCAGGUCCCCUACUACACGAAGGUCAUGCAGGGUCUCACCCUGGAAGCAGAUGUGCCAAUAGCAGGGUUACUCGGCAACACUGUCCACAGUCUAUUAAACGGCAAGGACAAUCCAUUGGCGAAUAUUUCCAUCACCGAGCCGGAGACGGAUGACAGUGAUGGGAGUAUCUUGGAUGGGACUGGACUGGAUAAUCUGAGGAAACUCAAGAGGGCUAUGAGCGAUGUUGAUUUGAGUAAAUACAGCGGGAGGAAACGCGGAAUGGAAAUGACCAUUGCGGAUCUCAUGGCGACGUUAUAA